GGACAGUCGUACUCGGUAGUACAUUCCAGAAGAGGCCUGACCUGUGUGAUGCCUGCAUUUGCGACGCUGACGAAGAGGUUGGGACCGAGUCUGUCUACAGUUUUUUUGAUAGCAGCACGGAUGGACUUCGCAUCGCGUACAUCGGACAUAUAAUAGUGAUCGGAUGAAUGAUUGCUCGAGAACUCGAUCUCCUUAAUCACAUCCUGGACUUUCUUCUUCCGACCAGGGAUAUCAUGCCUGUCUCUAGCAAGACGCGUUGCAAUCGCACGACCAAUUCUUUGGCCACCACCUGUAAUGAACGCAACACGAUCCUAAAGCGGCCUUGACGGGAGAUGCGAAUGACAUGUUAGCGAUAGCCAUAGUAGUAAGAUGGGAAGCAGGGGAAGCGACCUCUGGCUACCUAUGGGGUACAUGAUUGCUCUUCUAAUUGUUGCGUGAAGUUUACAUAUUAGACCGGGCCGUUUAACAGGUUCACAUGUUAAUGGAGCUCGAUAACAAGGAGGAGGACAUUGUCAUGGAAGAUGGGCACGUUGUCUGGACUCUGCAGCCAUUGAGCACGUCCGCAAACUCGCCCUGGACGAUACAGUCCGAUGGCAGUUGGAAUAUAGGUGUAGUGGCUGGCCGGAAAUUAAUUAAAUUAAUUAUUGUGCAGAGGAGAGAAAUGGGGAAAUCUGAAGCUGAUUGACCUACCUCAGCUUCAACCAACCUUGAAUUGUCCUGAGAGCAUUGAGAAUGGUGCCUCAACAUGCAUAUAGAUUUUGGAGUGGCGCUGCG